AUGAAGUGGUCACUCCUCCUCUUCUUUGUCCUCCUCCUCUUCUUCUUCCUUGUCUUCUCGUCCACAUCGAAGCUUAGCGGAGCAGCAUCCAUCGUGAGGACCAUCGUCGUCGAUCCUAACCACAAGGGAGACUUCACCAGCAUUCAAGAGGCGAUCGACUCCAUCCCCAACAACAACACCCACUGGAUAAAGAUCCACGUCGCCGCAGGAGUCUACAGGGAGAAGGUGAACCUGUCUCAAUCCAAGAGGUACGUCUUCCUCGAAGGAGAGGGCGCUCACCGGACGUCGAUCGAGUGGGGCGACCACUCCCCCGACCGCCGUGGCCAUGGCGGCAAAGCUACUGCCACGUUCACGUCGUCUGCUUCGAGCUUCGUUGCUGCAGGGAUAGCAUUCAAGAAUACGUAUGAUGGGAGCGUGAACAUAAGGCAAGCGUUGGCAGCAGCGAUAUCGGGAGAUAAGUCUUCCUUCUACAACUGCAGCUUCAUUGGGUUUCAAGACACGCUCUUCGAUCGAAAGGGACGACACUACUUCAAGGAUUGUUAUAUCGAAGGGGUGAUGGACUUCAUCUUCGGAAAUGGCCAAUCCAUUUAUGAGGGAUGCACGAUAUCGUUGAUUCAAAGUGCGAUGAAGCCAGGUUUCGUGACAGCGCAAGGGAGAGGGAGCCCCAAAGACCCUGGUGGCUUCGUGUUCAAGUCAUGCAAUGUUACGGGGUUUCAAGAGACGUACUUGGGAAGAGCAUGGGGAGCUUAUUCGAGGGUGAUAUUUUACAGAACCUUCAUGUCCGGCAUCAUCAUUCCACAAGGGUGGUAUGCUUGGAACGCCAUUGGUCACGAGGGCAACAUAACAUAUGCCGAAUCGGAGUGCGUCGGACCGGGAUCAAACCAUUCGAGGCGAGUGGAGUGGGAGAGAAAGCUAAGUAACAUAGAGCUAAGAUAUUUCAUUCACAUGACAUACAUUGAUAGAGAAGGGUGGCUCAACGAACAACCGAAAUCGAGUUGGUCUUAUUAA